UGCUGCAACCGCCUCCCUUGCCGGAGGAGUAGGCCAUCUUCAGGAAUAGAGACAGGACUUUUAAAAAAAUAUAUGUAUAUUUAAUUUCUGUGUUCACUAUCGGUGGAGUACCUUGAUAUUUAUGUAGUGUCCAUAAGUACGAGGCCGGAGUAGCCACUUCUUAAGAGUUACGACAAUAAGCUGGGAAGAUAAUUUUUUUUUUAAUUUGAUGUAUAUGAAAUAUGUCUUCUUUGGAGAAAGAGUUGCUCUUGAGCAAAUUGCCUUCGCGACCACCGAUGCCGUCAGGUCUUCAGCCUGGAUCUAAAAUGAGAAUGGGCCCUGGAAGAAAACGGGAUUUCUCCCCUGUGGCCUGGAAUCAUUAUUUUGAAACCAUGGAAGAUGUCACAAUUACAAAUGGAACAAGCAAAGAUUCUUUUCGAAUCUACAAAAGUGGAUCUGAUGGACCUGUUCUUUUACUAUUACAUGGUGGAGGUCAUUCAGCACUCUCCUGGGCAGUCUUCACAUCCAUGAUUAUCAGUCGGGUUCACUGUAGGGUUGUGGCAGUAGAUCUACGAAGCCAUGGUGAUACAAAAGUCAAAAAUUCUGAUGAUCUUUCAGCAGAAACCAUGUCCAGAGACAUUGGCAAUAUAGUGGAAAUACUGUACAGUGAAAAUUCUCCCCCCGUUCUGUUGAUUGGUCAUAGUAUGGGUGGAGCAAUAGCAGUUCAUAUUGCAGCAAAGAACCUGGUGCCAUCGCUUGUGGGCCUGUGUGUGAUUGAUGUCGUAGAAGGCACAGCGAUGGAUGCUUUAAACAGCAUGCAAACGUUUUUACGGAGUCGGCCUAAAGUAUUCAACUCUAUUGAAAGUGCCAUAGAAUGGAGCGUGAAAAGUGGUCAGAUACGAAAUAUAGAAUCAGCAAAAGUCUCCAUGGUUGGUCAAAUAAAACUUUGUGAGGAUGAUAUCAACAAUCCAGGGAGCUCCCAAUCUGUUGUGGACACUGCUAUUCACGAAGAGGAGGAGGAGGAAGAAGGAGGAACGGUAAAGAAGGAAAAAGAACCUGAGCCGAGUAAAAAAAUCAAAGAAAGUAAAACUGAGUACACAUGGCGUAUUGAGCUGUCCAAAACUGAGAAAUACUGGGAGGGGUGGUUCAAAGGACUAUCCAACCUCUUUCUCAGCUGCCCAAUCCCCAAACUAUUAUUACUAGCAGGUGUUGACAGAUUAGAUCGAGAUCUUACAAUUGGUCAAAUGCAAGGAAAAUUUCAGAUGCAAGUUCUUCCACAAUGUGGUCAUGCUGUACAUGAAGAUGCCCCAGACAAAGUGGCAGAGGCAGUUGCAACAUUCAUGGUUCGCAAUAAGUUUACAGAAUCAAAGGGUGAAAUCCAAAGCACUUACCCCAAUUUUUAAUAGAUCCACCAGCCUUCAAACUCAACUUCGACUAUAUAAAGAUCCAUCAGGGGCCACUGUGAUGUAUCCACGUAUCGUCAUCUGCCUAAUCUGAAUAAUACAGUGAAGCUUGAAUGACAGAACUUCAUAAGCCUACUUCACCCCACUGUUAGCCUGCAUCAUUCAUUGAACCUGUCAUCGUGGGCACUACAGAAUGACUGAAAAGUGCAACCUGUUUCUGAUUCAAACAUUAAAACAAUUAAAGGGGAUUGCUUACUCAAAGUGUAUUUUUUUUUCUUGCACAUGUUCUAGUACAGAACCUGGAAGUGUUUUUGUAUCAUGCUAAUUGCUUAGGAGUUAAGAUGUGCUCUGGAACUGAAUGUGUUUGUGAUACCAAUAAUUUCUGUGGUUAAAUCUAGGUCUGUUUUGGAACUGGGUUAGGUGAUCCUUUACAAAAAAAGUCAAAGGAGAAAAAUGAGAACAAAUACGCAGGACACCCAACCAAGUAUAUCAAGUUUCUGGAUUUGUUACCAUCAAAAUACUAACACUCCUAACUUUAUACAUGUACUGAGACUUAACCUAAUUUAAACUGACGUCAAAGUGUGCUUCUGGGAUCAAACUUUAUUGGCCUUAACCAUUGGCAAACAAAUGAUUUUGCACUUAUUUUGUGACGAGGUAAAAUGUUUUUAUUUUAUCCAAUCUGUAAUCCAAAUUCUUUAUAGAUAAAGAUCAGUGUUUUGGAGCAUAGUUACAUAUAAAUACUAUUGUUCUAAGAUAUUAGCUGAUGAAAGACAUAGGCAGUAAGAGAGAAGUUAUACUGCAGUCUGCUGCUAGCUGUGAUUCACAUUCUUGCCCACCAGGAAAGAUCCCUGAAAGUGUGGUUAUUAAUUUUGAGUGAGGAGCUGCAGCAACCAGUUUCACAUAACGUUUUAAAAAACUCAAUGCUAUAUUUCUAAAAGUGUCUAGUAGAUCCAAUAGACAUGCCUGAGCACUUUUUAAAUCCAGCUUCAUACUGAAGUGGAUAUAUCUUUCAUUUAAUGUGAAGUUUAAGUGGUGUGACAAAGCCAGGAUGCAAUCUGAAACUGCUUGUCUUUAAUGCGCAAAAUUGCUAUACAUCAAUAUGAAAGUGGCAGUAAAACUGCAAAAGGCAAAAUACUGCAGGUACUGAAAAUCUGAAAUAUAAACAGAAAAUAGUAGAAACACUCAACAGGUCAGGCAACAUCUGUGGAAGGAGAGAGUUAACAUUUCAGGUCUGUGGUCUUUUGAACUUUGUAUAAUUGCAGUCUUCUAUGUUCCUCACUGUGACCAUUUAUUGUUGCAGAGAAUGGCAAUCAGUAACAAAAAGCAAUUGAAAAAGAGAUUAAAUUUGAGAGAUUACUAAAA